CCACUUUAGUAUAACGAAAUGAAACACUGUAGUGAUUGUUGUUGAAUACGAGUUUAUUGUAAACUUUCAUUUAUAAGUGAUGGUGAAAAUGUGGUCCGGAUUUGUUUGUGUUGUUUUAGUGAUUACAAUCAACUCUUCCAUCGCUCAAAUCCCACCAAGGCUCCAAAUUCCCGGAGCACAAUUCGUUGGAGAUGGUUCACGAUCUUUUCAACUAAAACAACAACGUCUUAAUGCACAAGAUUUCAUUCCACGACCUCGUCGACCCCAAGCGCCUCCAAGAGAAAUAAGACCAGUCGUAGAAGAAGAACAAGAUAAUUAUCCAUCUUCACAACAAUCUUUAUCAAGUUUUGACGCCGAAGUUAAUAAAUUGAGCAUUCCAGCUCUUUCUACGCCUAUCGGGACAGAUUCAGAUGAUGGUGACCAACCAACUUUAAGACCUACACCCUUAUCUUUCAGGCCAGAAAAACCGAUUCCUGUUCUGAGAGAACAAAUUAGGGAGAAGACAUCUGAUUUUUCUGCGGCUAGACCUUCACAGGUGCCUGUUUUGAGACCGUCUGUACAAAGUAGACCGGCACCCAGACCAAUUCGACCAGUUGUUAGACAAGAAAUUGAUGUAGAUGACGAAGAAAAUAUUCCUAGACAAUCUAAUAGACAAAAACCAAGACCUCAACCAGUUCAACAACAAUACAGACCAGCACCUGCCCUUAGACCGGCUGCAAGACCACAAUACGCUGAAGAUGACCCAAACAGGAAGAAGAAACCUGUUGUGCAGAUUUUGAGGAAAUAUAGAAACGAUAAUCCGGAUGGAAGCAUCACUUGGGGAUUCGAAAAUGAAGAUGGUACUUUCAAAGAAGAAACUUUGGGUAUCGAUUGUGUGAUUAAAGGAAAAUAUGGAUACAUCGACCCAGAAGGAGUUAAAAGGGAAUUUGAAUAUGAAGCUGGUAAUAAAUGCGAUCCUAACCAAGCGGCUUUGGACGAGUUGGAAGAUGAUGAAUUGCCUCCGCAAGCUCCUAAAAUAGCACCAAAAAAACCAUCAAACAUUGGCAAAUCUCAGUUCCAAUAUAGGCCACAACUUGCCUCAAAUUAGAAUUAAUUAAACAUGUUUGCCAGGCUAAUUUAAUUUUUUUUUAUAUUUUUGUUAAUAAAAUAUUUAAACAAA